AUGGCACCGCCCGUGCCGGGCGACCCCCCGACCAGCGUGCGGGAGAAGGGCGGUCGCUUGGUGGUCGUCUUCAAUGUGGCCAACGUGCGGCCGAACUCAGUGCAGGUGGAGGUGAGGCCGCCCAGUGACGAGGAGCCUGCAGGCUCGGUGCAUGUGAGCUUCAGCUCGAUGUCACCCAGCAAAGCCUUUGUGAAGCACCUGGUUUUACCACAUGGCAUCGAUUCCAAGACCGUUCAAGAUGUUCAGAGCAAGUCUUUGACCCUGCAACUUGUGAAGCUGGACGAGUCGCUGGAGUGGGGACAAGCUUGGCUAAAGCCGAAAGGGAAGACCAAGAGGAAGGGCGAAGAGAAAGCUGACGCGAAGACAGGCAGGCCACCAAAGGAGCCCGAGCAGGUGCCAGAGACCACGCCAGCGCCGCCCAGCGCGGCAGCGACACCGAGCAGCGCCGCAGAGACAGCGCCGAGCAGGGCGGUCGAAGUAGAGGAGCCGAAAGUGAAGGAGGAAGAGAUCAAGGCCGAGCCGACGACCCCGGAGACGCCAGUGGAGGUGAUGGACUCGGCCGAAGCCGUGCCGGUGGCGUUGGCGGAGACGGCGGAGACGGCGGAGACCGUGAAGGAGGAACCGGAGACGCCGGAGUGUGUGGAUCAGAGUGAGCCCAAUAGCAAGGCUGGCGUGAAAGCCCGCGCGCGGCGCGGGAAGAAGAAACCCAAGGAGAAAGUGGAAGAAGCUUCCCCUCCCGUGGAAGUGAAGCAGGUUGAGCAGGAGGUGAGGCAGACACCGACUCCGGCGUCGAAGGAGCAGAAGAGCAGCACCGCGACCGCUCACCGAUCCGGAGCAGCACCGAUCCGGAGGAAGUCGGACCGAGAGGAGAAGCGACCGCACGGUCCGCACGCCCAGAAAGGAGAGGUGGAAGCUCUGAUUGAAGCCCUCAAAGCAGGGCCUUUAAAGGACUAUCCCUUGGUUCCGCCGACAGACCCAGAGCUGCGAACCUUGGUGGGCAACGGUUCAGCGCUCCUGAGCAGCGACCCCAAAAAGGCAUUAGUCUUCCUGAGACUGGCAGGGCGGAAAGGAUACCUGCCAGCCUACUUGCUCUUGGCGCAACAUGCUCAGCUCACGAAGGAUGACGGGCUCCUCAUCGAGAGCCUUUGCACGCUCUUCAUGUCCCCUGAUGUGAAGCAGCUGCCGAAGAACUUGCUGAGCAAUUGCGCGAUGCAGCUCACCGCCGUCCUGAGGGACCCCAAGAACCAGCAGGAGGCGGCCGCGCGCGCGGCCGACCUCGAGGUCAUCGCGAAGGAUUGGCCCAUCAUGAACAUGUUGAAGCUGCAAACGCCAGGUGGGAAGUCUGCCUCGAAGCAGGCGAAGACACAACAGGGCCGGGUGGACUUCCAGCAGAUCAAGGAAGCCAUGGUCACACCCAAGGUGAGCCUGUCCACGAAGACGGCAGAAGCGUCCGCGAGGACUUCGAAGCCGGUCAGAGGGACCUGGCAGCAGGUUCGUGGGCGCUGGCACCUCUCGGUGCAGGUUCCGCAGCUGCAGGAUGUGUCCACGGCCACGUUGGAGGUCAGCGAAGCCGAUGUGCGGCUCAGCGACCGAUCUGGGCAUGCCUGGCUCGGUGUUGGGAGAGAGGAUCUGAGGAUGGGCCAGCGCCCCAUCGAUGGCUCGGUCUCGCUCCCGGGGGAGAGAAGAGGUGCGCCGCGGGGCGCCGGGGGUCCGGUCUUCGGGGGCGAGUUGGAAAGCCCAGAGGGCGCGGUGACGUCGAGCCCGUCGAAGACGAGGGAGGAUCUUCCAGAAAGUGACAUGGUGCAGAUUUCUUUGGGUGUGUGCUGGUGUCCCAGCGACGGUCCGCACGUCAAGUGGGCCAGGGUGGUGGCGGCGCUUCAGAAAGGCGCCUUUGAGGCGCUCCUGGUGUCGCCAGAUGACAACAAGGGCAAGGUGUGCGCUUUGGCCAUGGUGGAAGCGGCCAAGGCCAUGUCUUGGGAGCUUCGCGUGAUCGAGCUGAAGUCAGGACACGGAGAUCAGGAAGCUCUUCAGAAGCUCUGCCACGAGCUGUACACUGACCGCUGCGUCGCGCAGGAGCAAAGCUGUUUGCUGCUCUUGAGCGAUCGGCGUCAGGCCGAAGAUUGGCUCCGUGCCGUGUGCAUGUGGUUUUUGGGCUUUGGACAUGAAAAGGCAGACACAUGGCCGACGGCCCCAAGUGCACGCCGACGAGGAGCCCUUCUGGCUGCUGGUGGAGCUGAACCGAUUCACUGUGUGCAGCCUCUCGCCCGGUCUGCGGCUGGAACGCAGCAAAGGUGA